AUGGAGGAGGAGAGCGUCACGUCGCCAUUGCUGCAGGAGGAGGCGAAGGUGUACCACGAGGGAUGCCCGGGCUGUGCCAACGACCGGAGGAAGGAGCUCCAGGAGGGCCUGCCGUACAAGGAGUUCUUGUAUGUCUGGGCCGUCUGCCUCGCGACUUCUUUACCGGUGUCAUCAUUAUUCCCCUUCUUGUACUUCAUGAUUAGAGACUUGCAUGUUGCAAAAAGAACAGAAGACAUUGGAUUCUAUGCUGGAUUUGUGGGUGCUUCAUUUAUGCUUGGUAGAUGCUUGACUUCAACUGUGUGGGGAAUAGCAGCAGAUCGAUUUGGGAGGAAGCCAGUUGCCAUACUUGGCGUUGUCUCUGUGGUCGUAUUCAAUACUUUAUUUGGGCUUAGUACUAGUUAUUGGAUGGCAAUAGCUACAAGAUUUCUCCUUGGUGCUUUAAAUGGUUUGCUUGGGCCAAUUAAGGCUUAUUCUAUCGAAGUUUGCAGGCCUGAACAUGAAGCAUUGGGAAUAUCACUUGUCGGCACAGCUUGGGGUAUAGGUCUGAUCAUUGGGCCUGCUCUAGGAGGCUACCUUGCACUGCCUGCAGAAAAAUUUCCAAACCUAUUUUCACCUGACUCAUUCUUCGGGAGGUUCCCGUAUUUUCUGCCAUGCUUAUGCACCUCACUCUUUGCUACUGUUGUUCUUGUGAGCUGCAUAUGGAUGCCGGAGACAUUACACAAGCACAGAGUUCACCAGAAUGAAAAUAAAAAUGUUGAAGCUUUGGAGGCCCACCAGAGUGACUACAAAGAGAAUGCUAAACAAAUUGCAAGUUUGGACGACAAGAAGAGUUUAUUCAAGAAUUGGCCCUUCAUGUCAUCCUUAAUUACAUAUUGUGUAUUUUCCUUUCAUGAUAUGGCUUAUUCAGAGGUGUUCUCUUUAUGGACUGAAAGUGAUAAGAAGUAUGGUGGCCUCAGUUUAUCAUCUGAGGCUGUAGGUCAAGUUCUUUCAAUUACAGGUGUCAGUCUUCUUAUAUACCAACUCUCUGUAUAUCCUCACACUAAUAAAAUUCUUGGACCUAUCAAGACUUCUCGAGUUGCAGCUAUUCUGUGCAUACUUGUUCUCUUUGGAUAUCCCUUUAUGACAUAUCUGUCAGGAACUGGACUAUCGAUCAUCUUGAAUAUUGCGUCGAUCUUGAAAAUUAAUCUUGCUGCUACCAUCAUUUCGAGCAGUUUCAUCCUUCAAAAUAAUGCUGUGCCUCAAGACCAAAGAGGAGCAGCAAAUGGACUGUCAGUGACAGUAAUGUCCCUAUUCAAGGCAAUCGCCCCUGCAGUUGCAGGCACUGUGUUUUCUUGGACACAAGCACGGCAGCAUGCUUUCUUCUUCCCAGGUGAUCAGAUGGUGUUCUUUCUUCUCAAUGUCAUCGAGUUUCUUGGACUUAUCCUCACAUUCAAACCCUUCAUGGCCGCACCAGAGUCCAGAGCACAGCAGUACACCUCUCAAGCUCCUCCAGCGGUUUCGACCACAGUGUCUUCGGCUCUGCCGGGGAUGGGGGUUAAGCAACAGCAAGGUGCCAAUGUGGAGCAGCAGCAGCUAACAGGAAAGGGCACAGGUACAGAACAGGGUGUCAACGCAGCUGUGUUGCAAGGUUCUCAAAUUUUGCAGGGCUCUUCUUCGGCGGGCGGACCAAGUGAUGUGCGGGUUGAGAACUCAGUGAUAGAAACAACAAAUACGGGUGCUGCGGGUGUCUCUCAGAAGACAGUCACCACUAAAGUAUGCAGAAGAUGUGGUCUAAAGGGCCACUUGAUGUUCGAGUGCACAGCGACAGUGUUUUGUGAAAUUUGCAGAAGCUCCGAUCAUGCCAUGAGUCAGUGCCCGGUUCUCAAGCAACCGAAACCAGUAGCCCAGCUGGUUGGACAGGCUGCAGAUGCUCUUGCCGGUUUUCAUAUUCCACAUGCACCAAUUCAGCCGACAAAGAGAGAUUCGAGUCAAAAGGCAAAGUGGCUCUGGGAUCUCACAAAGAUGACGAGGUUCAAUGCAGAAAUGAAGGAAGGUGUGACUCUCAAGUUUCAAGAAUUCAAGGAAGAUGAGGAAUACUUUGGUCAUGCUCUACCAGAUGUUGAUAUGGUGACUUCCAGAGCAAGUAGCUUUGGCCGGUUUGCAGUGGCAGUGCUAGAACCUGAAGCAAUUUCGACAAAGCUAGAUGUCAUCAUUGGUAAUAGGUACUUCCUGUUACUUUUUGAGGUUGAGCCUUAUCUUCCGAAUAUUGGGCUGAGAAAUAUCCGGAACACCCGAAAUGAUGGCAAUGGGGCACCAAAAGAUACUGAGAUGGGAGAGACACAGAAUCAUGGUGAUAAUACCGCCUUAGGUGCAAGUGUAGCAAAUGCAAAGAACAAUAUUAGUAUGGGAAAACAAGUAAAGGAUCCGGAAGCACAGAUAGAUAUUGAUCUUUCAGAGGAUGAUUUAUUGGGUGAGGAAAAUGAAGUUAGUGAGGCGGCACGGGAUUUUAUUGGGGUAAAAAAAGUUCACUCGGUGAAUGUGAGGACUGCAGCUUCUCUGACGUUGUUAGGUUCUUCAUCAGCACCAGCUCGCUUACCGCAGCAACCAAGUCAAACGCAGCAGCAGCAGCCUGUUCAAACGCAGCAGCUCACCAAGGGGGCGGGGGUAAAGGCUGCGGGUGCUUUUGUGCCUACAGGUCUUGAUUCACAAAAAUAUUACAACCAGCAGUCUUCCGUGCUUGAUGAGGAACAGGAUGAGGCUCCAUUGCUUCCAGAUGGGGCAGCGGAAGGUGUGAUUACGAUUGAUGAUCAACACCUUGGGAUCCUUUUUGAUGCUAUGGUACAAGCUGGCCUGUCAGCUGAUGGUGGAACAAAGAAAGAGCUGGGAAGUGUGAUGACGAUGGCGGUGCUGUCAGAUGGAGAGCUUACCCCAGUAAGGCGUAGCAAGCGGAAUGGGGAUGUCGCUGAUGUACACGCUCUUGAAAAGGCAGAAAAAAGAAUUGCUUACAGAAAUCUCGAGGAACCCCAAGGUAAUGUGAAUGCAUUAGUUAAUUCAGUUACUUCCUUUUUUAGUGAUCGUAUUGAGCAUAACUUAGGGGUGAUCGGGAUUACCUUGGGGAUGGAGAAAAAGUAG